CCCACAAGGGAAGUGGGCUCAUUGAGGGUAGAGCCGAGCAGAGGGUAGGUAGGUUCUUGAAUAGCUAAUGAGCUCAUUUGCUUCCUGGAAUCUCUCAGAUCACAUUAUGUCCAGCUCACUAGGGUGAUGCCGAGAAAUAGCCAGAAAAUAAAAACUGGAUGUAAAGAUGCAUGGUUCUAUAGUUGGCUUAGAAAGUAGACGCCCUGCUAAACACUUCACUAGAAAUGGUGCUACGCCAUACCUUUGUCCUGUGGUUUCUUAUAGCUUUUAUGGUCUCGUGUAAUCAGGAUCUGAUUCUGUGGUGCCACUAAGCAGCUUUGUCAUCAGGGUGAGAAGACUGUAUUAAACACGCAGCCUUUUCUCUGCUACAAUCUUAAUGAAUAACAUUUACAACUGAAGGACAGCAAUAGCCACUGAUGCACUAGCCAGAGGUCUUGUAUAUUAUAUAUUGUUCCCUCAUUUGAAGAACGCCACUUGUUGGAAUAGUACUAAGAGCAGAUUGGCCACGCCUUACAGACAAUAAUAGAGAAGAUGGGGAAACCAUUACUUCUCCUUUUUGCUUUUUUAGCUUCUUCAUACUGUAAUUCUAUCCCUGUGAUUAACAUGGCUGUGGUAAAUGUGAGAGAAGAUCGUCCAGUAGGUGUACUUGCGUUUCAAAUCGAAGCAUUUGAUCCAGAUGGUGACCCUCUAACAUAUGGUAUUGCUGGAACAGACUCUAGUCAUUUUGACGUUGACAAAGAGUCUGGUGAAGUCAGAAUCAAGAGUAUGCUGGACAGAGAGACAAAAGACCUCUUACUCAUAGAGGUUGUGGUGAAUGAUGGAGUUUAUGCAGAUGUGACAAAAUCAGUUUAUGUUGCUGUUUUAGAUGCUAAUGAUAAUGCACCAGUAUUCCAAAAUCUGCCCUACAAUGAAGAGGUUCCAGAGAAUGAACCUGUGGGCAGUACACUGUUCAGAGCAAACGCCAUAGAUUAUGAUUUUGGCACAGCUUCUAUUGUGUCCUAUACAAAAUUGAUGACGUGACACCAAAUGAUGGGGCUAGCCUGUUUUCAAUCUCUCCGACUACUGGAAUUGUUGUUCUGCAGGGACCUUUGAGCUUCACUGACAAAAGUCCUUUCUAUCAGAUACGAAUCAUUGCAUCUGAUGGUGGUGGGCCACUGAUUGAUCAAGAAAACGUAGUUCAAUCUUCAUCAGUAAUUGCAUUCAUUACAGUUAAGGAUAUGCCAAAUCUCGACCCACAAUUUCUGAAUUUACCUGACCUUGCUGCUGUUGAUGAGAAUUCACCUGUGGGUACAUCAGUCUUUAUUGUGAGAGCCAGAGAUCCAGACACUGGGAUCAAUGACCAGAUCCACUACAGUAUUGAAAGUGCUGAUGCACCAGACCUGUUCCAAAUCAAUGAUGAGACUGGUGAAAUAUCUAUCAAAACUGUAUUUGACCGUGAAGAAUUACUGGAUAAAAAUGCUGUGGUAAUGUUACAAAUAAAGGGAAGUGAAACAAAUUGUAAUGUGGUUGGAGUUAUUGCAAGCACAAUAGGAGAACUACAGAUUUCUAUUGGAGAUGUGAAUGGCAAUGGCCCUGAAUUUUAUGAGUGUGAAGGUGAAAUUGAAACCUGCACACAGAAAAACAGCUUCAUAGGCAAAGUUGAUGAGAAUUCAUCUGCAGGACUGUCAGUAAAUGAACUGAAUAUAAGAGUCAAAGAUCCAGACCAGGGGCUAAACAGCAGGUUUAAUCUCCGUCUUGAGGGACCUGAUAAGGAUGUGUUCGCUGUCAGUCCCAGCACUGGGGUGGGAGAAAGUUCUGUGCAAGUGAUAAUAAAAGAUUCAUCUGCUGUUGAUUAUGAGAAGAAGAAAGUAAUGUAUGUUCAGAUUAUUGCUGAAGAUGCCAGUGCAGACUUCACCUCUAUGGCUUCUAUCACGAUUAACAUCAAUGACGUAAAUGACAACAUUCCUGAGUUUGAGGAGGAUGUUUAUGAGUUUUCUAUUGAUGAACACUGUGAUGACGGAACUGUUUUGGGCAUCAUUACUGCAACAGAUGAAGAUGACUUGGAUGAUGGCAAACUCACUUACAAAUUGAUGCCGGAAAGCAUGCGGGAGUUAUUCGAUGUUCAUCCAGAGACUGGAACUAUCGUUGUAAAAAAUGGACAGCGUCUUGACAGGGAAGGCACCAAUUCCUACUCACCCACCCUGCAGGCCAUAGAUUCAGAUGGCAAGAUUGGUACCACUGUUUUGAUGAUCAACAUUCUGGAUAUUAAUGAUCAGACACCAGUGAUGAACAGAGUACUUUAUGAGGCCUAUGUACAAGAGAACCAAAAAUUAGAGCUUAAAAUCCAGGCUACAGAUGGAGACGACCCAAAAAACCCAAACAGCAUAAUCCAGUAUCGCAUUGACAACAGCCCGUUCAGUAGUAACUUUACCAUAGACCAAGACUCUGGUGUGCUUGAAAACAAUGGUCGAUUGGACCGUGAGGCUAUGGACCCUGCCCUAGAUGGUGUGAUUGAGUUGAUGGUGAUCGCUUCAGAUAUGGGCACACCAUCCCUGUCCUCCACAGCCAAAGUGACCAUCAACAUUGGGGAUGAAAAUGACAAUUCUCCACAGUACCUUGAUCCUGCUCCCUACGAAUUUAAAGUAAAGGAAAGUGAAGGAGGCAUAUGGGUUGGCUCUGUGCGGGCUCACGAUGGCGACCAAUCAGACUUCAAUAAUCGUAUCUUCUUCAGUAUUACUGAUGGUAGUUUUGGAAGUUUCAUAUUAUUUAGUGAGAACAUCAGUGAAGGUUACAGGGGCAACAUCACGGUGGAUCCCGCUGUUGAGCUGGACUACGAAAGUGACCGCAAGACGUACGAUCUAACAGUGGAGGCCUCGGACUUGGGUCAGCAAAAGGUUGAGACAACAGUGAAAGUAAUUGUGGUUGAUGUGAAUGACACUCCACUUGAAUUCCCAUCCGACAUGACCCUGAGCGUAAAAGAGAACAGCACCUUGUCAAUGCCUCUGGGCACAAUCAAAGGCAAAGAUGUGGACACUGAACACCUUCUAGAAUAUGAGCUUGAUUCUACUGAAUGCCAAUGCAAUGGCGUCAGAGGUCCAUGUCCCGAAGAGUGGUUCAAAGUUGAGAGUAACGGUGAUGUGAUAACUAAUACUGUCUAUGAUAUUGACUUUGAGAAAUGUGAUAAAGUGUUCAUGAAUGCCAAGGUGGUGGAUGUUUUAACUGAGAAGAGGAGAGACAGUACUGAAGGAGUUGUCACUAUUAACAUUGUGGAUAUCAAUGACAACGCCCCAGAGUUUGUUGUCUUGCAGGACUUCUAUGUUGUAGUCAUUGAGAAAGUUGAGGUGGGCACAUCUGUUGGCAGAGUUUAUGCCAUAGACAGAGACACGGGAGAGAACAGGAAAAGCAAAUUUGAAGUUACCAAGGUGGACUUUGUUAGCAGUGAAGGGAAUUCCACAGAGAGUUUGUUUCUCUACGCCGACUCUGCCGAUCAGGAAGAUGCUGACGGAAGGUUCACUGCACAUAUACGGUCCCAGAAGGCAAUGGAAAAUAAUAAAAGAGGGAAGUUCAUGGUUCAGGUGAAGGCGUCUAAUCUUGAUGGUCUCAGUUCCACCUCUGUGGUUGAGCUUCUCACAGUUGACAGCUCCUACAGAGUCAGUCUCAGAUUUAGUGCAUCUGUGUCUGAAGUCAAUGAGAAUUUGCCUCAGAUCAGAGCGAUUCUGAUAAGUGCUACAAAAGCAACGGUGGAAUUCUUCAAUGUGUUUAGUGAGACGGUUACUCAGCGAGCUGAAGAGAUGACCAUUUUGGAGGCUUAUUUUGUGUUCCCAAACGGCACAGCUCUUGACUAUGAUGCAGUGACCGCAAUCCUGAAUUCAGAGGAAGUCUACAAGGAACAUGGAUACCAACUAACUCAGCUUGGAUUUACUGGCAUUUCGACAACUGUUACCGAGUCUACAGAUGUUAAGACAGAGGUAUUCAUCAUGAUUGGUUUGAUGGCUGCACUGGCGAUAGUUCUUGUUGUAACAACCACCUCACUCGUGUGCAUCAGAAGAAACUACAAGAGGAAACUGAAGGCAGCCAAAGCCAUGAAUUCAGCUGCCACAGUGGUCAUAGAGAAUCAGAAGACCGGCCCUGUUGUUCCUGGAACCAACAAAUACACCAAAGAAGGAGCAAACCCAGUGCUGAAUAUGAAUAUUGACACGGCCACAGACCUAGGCUUUGACGAAGAUGGCUCCAGCGCAGACAGAGAGAGCCUUAAUUCCUUGGACUACAACAUCGAUAUGACCAUGGCAGAGAAAGACACUAUGCCAAUGAUGGUAAUUCAGGAGGAAGAGGAGGAGGAUGAAAGGAGUGAAUCUCCGUACAUUGAGCCUCUGGGUGCUGCACUGGCCCAGCGAGAAAAGAGGAGAGGUGCAGACAGCCCCAGUCUCACUUUUGCAAACCCUUCCAUAGACACCACUGAUCUCUAACAUUCAGCCUCUGACCUCCACCUAUAUGCCUUUUUUUUUUUUUUAUACGUGGUCCUGCCAAAAAAGGAGAAAAGUCUCAAUUUCACAAUUUAUUCAAUUUGGACAAACUCUAAAUCUCAACAAGACCGUUAUCAUCAAUGCACUUUUAAAUGUAAGAGUUGGAGAAAAAAAAUUCUCAGUGCACAGUGUGUCGUCAUGUGACACACAGCCACAACA